AAAAAAAGAAGGGAGCUUUUCUAGAGGCUUCGUUUUUCUAAUUUAUUUAUUUAUCUAGCUUCUCCUAGUUUCAGCUGCUGCUGCUUCUCCCCAAAUCUUAGCGAAUUCGACUUCUCAAGCUUCGCUCUCAGUAGCUGAAUAUCUCAAAUCAAUCCUUCUAGGUUAAGUUCCUAAUCCGGCCAUGGCAAAGUUCGGCGAAGGUGACAAGCGAUGGAUCGUGGAGGACAGACCCGACGGCACCAACGUCCAUAACUGGCACUGGGCCGAAACCAAUUGCCUUGAGUGGUCUCGAAAUUUCUUCAACAAGCAGUUCUCCGGCGCUGUAAUCCUCUCCGGCGAGGGAAAUCUGUUCAUCAAGGUCAGUAAGAUCGAGAAGGUCGAUGGCGAGGCUUACGUGAAUGUACGCAAGGGGAAGAUUAUCCCUGGCUACGAGCUUAAUGUCUCUCUCUCCUGGGAAGGUGAGGCCAAGGAUUCCGAAGGGAAGACGCUGCUGAAGGCGGAUGGAUCUGUGGAGAUGCCCUAUAUCUCCGAUGAGAAUGCCGAUGAGGAUCCGGAGAUUAGGUUUUCGAUCAAGGACGAAGGGCCAAUCGGAAAGACCUUGAAGGAGGCGAUGGUGUCGAAAGGGAAAUCAAUUAUUCUGGAGAAAGUUAGGGUUUAUGUGGAUGCAAUGGCGAAAGGAGGUCCAUGCAGGGACGAGCUAGAAUCUAAGAAAGUAGCGCCGAAACCGGCAGUGGCUGGAGCAGCUACAGUGGCGACGGAAAAGUCCGGUGCUUCCCCGGCUGUAGCUGCUGCGGCGGAGACUAAGGUAGUGAAGGAGAAGAAGAAGGCGAAGACUAAGGAAGGGUUCAAGACAAUUACUAUGACUGAGAAGUUUAACUGCAGAGCUAAGGAUUUGUUUGAGAUCUUAAUGGACGAGAAUCGUUGGAAAGGUUUCACACAGAGCAAUGCUAAGAUCAGUAGAGAUGUGAAUGGGCCGAUUAGUGUUUUCGAUGGGUCGGUCACUGGAAUGAAUCUGGAGCUAGAAGAAGGCAAAUUGAUUGUCCAGAAGUGGAGAUUUGGGAGCUGGCCUGAUGGUCUUGAUUCAACGGUGAGGCUCACUUUCGAUGAGCCUGAACCAGGAGUCACCAUAGUCAAUCUUACUCACACUGACGUUCCUGAAGAAGACAGAUAUGGGAAUGCUACUGUGGUGGAAAACACUGAGCGAGGAUGGAGAGAUCUUAUAUUCCACAGGAUCCGUGCAGUUUUUGGCUUUGGAAUAUGAUUUAUGGUUUUGAUUAUCAAAUUCGCAAUGCUUCAUCUGUAAGGUGAUUAUGAUUUCAAUUCAAACAAGGACUAAUAAACAAUGCAAAAUGUAUGAUUUUUAUUUUUUCACUUUUUAGUUAAUGCAUUUCGGAA